AUGCCUGCUGCUCGACCACGACCUCCUUGUCGUUCUGCACGACUCAAAGCACUGCAGACACCCUUUCGAAAAGAGAGAUUCUCCAUGGACCAAAUGUCAGGGCCUGUCACCCGUGGAAGGGGUGGCAAGUCUCGAGGUUCACGAAGUACUACCGGCCCAGAUCAGCCCAAGUUUCAGAUACAAUGGCUAUCUGCUCCCUUCCGCACCCAGAAGGUCAUCAACUACCUCCGUGACCACUCAGCUGAUUGUCGGAUAUUAUUCCCCUCUGAAGUAAAACAAUCACACCCUGAUGAUGGCCGCCCCUCGGCCAAAGAUAAAGUCUCAAUCUGCGCUAUCAUUGCCAAGCAUGUCUUUGAGGACGAUGGUGACUAUACAGACCACUAUGCAAAUGCACCGGAUAAAUUCCGAGACUCUACGAACAAUCACAUCCAGGCGUAA